AGAUGCGAGCGAUGCUCGAUCAAUUAAUGGGAACAGGUCGAAAUGGUGAAAAUAACAAAUUUCAAGUGAAAUACUCCGAUCCGAAGGUCUGCAAGAGUUUUCUCCUGGCAUGCUGUCCACACGAGAUACUUUCUUCAACGUUCUAUUUCCAGAGUCUCUGGAAAAAGCAAAGUCAAUCUGAUCCAUUGUACAAUAUUGUUGCGAGUAUUGUCCGCUCAUAUGUCGUGUUGUACUUGUCACUCUCACAUGCGCGUUACUGUAAGUACUGAAAGCGAAAAGGACGUACGUAUUACAUAUACAAUUUGAUUAUUAUUACAUAAUUAAAGUAUUAGGUGUUAAUUUGAUUGACAAAAAAAUAUGGUAAGCGGCUGUCUCAGCCUCUCUACCACUCUAUAUGGUUGUGAGGCUGAGUACCGCAUUUAAUAUUCCCAGACCCUGAAAGGCGUGUAAGUUGGUGAGUAGCAUCAUGCUGAUUCAUGCGAUGAUGUCUUACAGUCGCUUCUUACUAACAAUGCCAUUUAUGGCAGGUAGAAAAUGAAGUUUAUUUUAAGUAUAUACAUAUAUGAAAAACCAACCUUGGAAUUAUGGGUACAGGAAAUGAAGCACUGAUCUGUAAGUAAGACUUGCUAAUUGCCAUGAAAACAUAAAAUAGUAUAUUUUCUUGGAUUUUAGCUCUCAAAUGUAAUUGACUUCACUAUAUAAUCUAAUGUACUUUAACUUAUUAUUAUACAAUCAAAAAAUCAGGCAAAAUCAUUUUUCUUUUACUUCCUUUUUUUUUUAUUUUUUUUUUAUUAUUUUUUUUUUUAUGAGUAAUUUAAAAGUUAUAUAUUAAUUUCUUUUUCCAUAAAACUGUAGAAUGACGCAAUUAAUUGAAUACAUGUGUAUGUUUAUAGGGGAUAUUUAGUAUUGAAUUUCAGGUCUCUAUAUUUAUGAUCGGUUUAAUUGAUAAUUAAAAUAAUUGUAAGAGUACAGACAUCAUUAAUAUGAACCUAAUAGAAAAAAAUAUAUAUAUAUGUAUAUAUGUAUAUAUAUAUAUUGAUGUAUAUGUAAUAAUUAACGUAUAAAAACCUUCCUUUUAUCAUAAAUUCAAUGUGGGAAUAAUAAGAUAUUGGCAAUUUGCAAAACAUAAAAUGUCCACAAGAAAAAGUGAGAGAUGGCAUGAAGCAGAGACAAUAUUAAGCGGAAUUAUACAACGUGCCAGUUCCAUUAGCAAAAUUCCCCUCAGCAUUGGAUGUACGUAUUCAACUCGAUUUUCUAAAUCGUUUAGCAGUCUCGCAAGGCAGUUCGUGCCGUACGUAAAUAGUGUAAUAUACUAUUAGGAUAUAAGUUCUUUCAUAGAAAUGAACAUGUGAACUGAAGGUGUAUGCUGAUUGUAGCGUCAUUGUCAUCGCAUUGUCGUGUCAGGCGGAGAGGUGUUACCACUCUCGCAUGGACCUGGGAGAAUGCCCCCAGAUUCACGACUUGGCCCUACGGGCUGACUAUGAGGCAGCACAAAAGAAGAAGGAUCAUUUUUAUGAUAUUGAUGCUAUGGAACAUCUACAAAAUUUUAUCGCGGACUGCGAUCGUCGUACUGAACAAGCAAAACAACGUCUCGCAGAAACACAAGAAGAAUUAAGUGCAGAGGUUGCAGCAAAAGCAAACAAUGUACAUGUUCUUGCCGAAGAGAUUGGUAAGAAAUUAGCUAAGGCUGAACAGCUAGGGGAAGAAGGUUUUGUUGAGGAAUCUAUGAAGCUGAUGGGUGAAAUCGAUGAACUACGUAAGAAAAAGAAUGAAGCUGAGCAAGAAUAUCGAAAUAGUAUGCCAGCGUCGAGUUAUCAGCAACAAAAAUUGAGAGUGUGUGAAGUGUGUAGCGCAUAUCUUGGUAUUCAUGAUAAUGAUAGAAGAUUGGCUGAUCAUUUUGGUGGAAAGUUACAUCUUGGUUUUAUUAAAAUCAGAGAAAAGCUGGCAGAAUUACAGAAGACAGUUGAGGAAAGACGUAAAGAAAAACGUGACUCGUUAUUAGACAGACGACGAGAUAGAGAUAGAGAGGAUCGUGACAAAGAUCGUGAUAGAUCGGAUAGGGGACGUGGUUUGGGAUAUAAAGAAAGAGAUCGUGAUCGUGAUCGAGAUCGCGACCGUGAACAACGUGAUCGUGAUCGAGACCGUGACCGUGAUCGUGAACGCGACCGUGAUCGCGACCGUGAACGCGAUCGUGACCGAGAUCGUGAUCGCGACCGUGAUCGUGAUCGUGAACGCGACCGUGACCGUGACCGUGACCGUGACCGCAGAGAUAGAGAUAGAGAUAGAGACAGAAGGAAGUCACGAUCUCGAAGUCGUAGUCGAGGGAAGAGAUCGAAACGUUCGCGAAGUGGCAGUCGUGGCCGUCGAUCUCGAUCUCGACGCAGUGGAUCGAACGAUCGGAAGAGAUAAAACUCGAUGAUAUAUAUAUA